AUGUUUAACCAAUUUUUGAAUCAUAUUCGAAAAGUUGAUCAAUUUGGGGUUAUCUUUUAACCUAAAAUCAAAUACUCUACUAAUGAGUACAAGACUGCUAUAGGAGGAUUAAUGUCAAUCAUUCUUUACGGAUUGAGUUUCGGCUAUUUAAUAUAUAGCUUUGUGUAGUAUGGAUAAGGGUCUAUUCUUCCAAAAAUUACAUCUAUUUAAGCUAAGGCAACUCAAUAGAGCAUAUCUUUUGAGAACGAAAUAAUGUCAUUCAAGAUCAGGCCUGGGGAUGAUAAUUAAAUAAAUCCAUUUGAUCCAACGGCUCUAAUACUUGUACCAUUUGUGCUUCCAUUUUUGAAUAAUGAAAUACCCUAAGGUUAAUAUUUGAACUUUGAAUAAAUUUCAUUUUAAGGAAAUACAAUCUCGAUUCGGAAUUUGAAAUUAUAAUAUGGAGAUCCUUCAUCAGUAGAAACAGAACAAAUAAUUGCAUUUGUAGGAUGUAAACAAGCAGAUAUACAACCACCAUUUGCUUGUGCAAAUGAGAGUUUAAGGAAUAAGUUCUUUUCUUAAUCUAGUAAUGCAAUGAUUGCAACUACUUAAGUAAAUUAAUUCAAUACUGAUAAAAGAACUUUGGAAGAGGUAGGUAAAGAAUAAGUUUUGGCAAUAGUUGAUAAUUCAACAUAUUUUUAAACUACGAAUUUGAAUAUUUAAGAAUCAUCAGUUGAUACAGGAUUUUUAUUGGAAUCAACUGAAAAGUUUGUUUAUGCUACAGAUUAUUAUUUAACAAGUUAACAAAUAGAUUAAUAGUAUUUUAGAAAUACAUUUAAUUAUGAUGCUUAUUUAGUGUUUUAAUUGAGAAUUGGUAAAUUGAAAUAUUAUUAGAGUAUACAAUAUCCAAAAAUUAGUGAAAUUUUAGCAGAUGCAGGUUCAAUAGCAUCCACAAUUUUAUUGUUAUCCUAUUUUGUUAUUCUUUGUAAUUAGACUCUUUUGGAGAAACAAUCUUUGAAAGAUAUAAUUUAGAUCUAUUAUCCAUCAUAUAAGGAUAUAUAGAUUAAGAAGACUUUUUAUGGUUAAAUAAGGGAAGUGAUUUAUAAGGGGAAAAUAUAAGAUUUAGAGUAAUUUAAAUAGUAUUAGAAGGAGUUAUAGGAGAGAGCAGAGAAAAAAUUAACUAUUAUAAAUUAAGUUUAUGAGAUUUCUAGAUUAUAAUUUAUAAUUUAAAAUAUUUUAAAAUCAAAAGAGUAAUUAAGAUAGAGUCAUAAAAUUGGAAUUAAAUUAAAAUAAUUUGAUAUACCUAAAUUGAUAAAUGAAGAGAAUUUAAAUGGAAAUUAAAUAGUAAGUAUAUAAUAUAAUUAGAUACCUCAUUCACAAUUAAAUUUUUCUACUUCAAAACUAGUAGUAAUUGAUAGUCAAAGUGAUUCAUUGUAAAAUCUUAAAGUAAAUUAAUAAAAAUAAUAAAAAUAUAGAAAUAAUAAUAAUAGAAUACAAUAGAAGAAUCUAAUGAUGAGAAUCAAUUAAAUGAUGAAGAUUUUGAGAUUCUAAUUUAACCUAAUGAAUUAGAAGAAUGA